AAUUCAUCACACAAUUCAAACCACACCAAGCAUUCAACUAUCAACACCGCAAUUCCACGCGUUCAUUCUCUUUUUCGACGCGUAACUCCCGGUAGCCUAUCUCAUCCAACAGCCUCACCCAGGCCGAACGCCACCCUUUCGACUUAUCUAGCGCAUCGUCAAUUGUCCCCAUCCAUCCACAUCCCAAUCUCAAUCUCAUUAUGCCUCCCAAAAGACGCCGCCCUCAAUCCCCACCCCCACCCCAACCAUCCCCAGGCCGCGAACAAUCACCAUCCCUAGCAGAGGAAGACCUAGCCUCACCCUUAGAAGAUGACGAUGAUGAACAUGACACCGUCCCUUUUUACUUUUACAACACCACCUUCACCGCCCACCGCGUCUCCCCGCUCUAUCUCGGCCCGGACGGCAGCGAAGAAGCACUGACCCCGAACCGACUGGCUUCGCUCGCGCAGCACCUACGCGACAGGCUCGUGGGGGAUGUCAUCCGCGGUGUCGAAGUGGGUGGUGGUGGUGGCGGGGCAUUAGGACGAGAGGAGAUUGCUGGGAGGGCGGGCGCGCUGGAGGGGGUUGAGAUUCGCUGGGUUGAUGAUGUUGUGAGGGAUGUCUUGGGGUUUGUAGGAGAAGAGGAAGUGCAGGGGGAGGGGGAGCGGUUGCAGGGGAAAAGGGGACUGUGUAUUCUCGUGAGGUAUGAGAUGGCUGUUUGUACGGCGCUUUUGCUGCCUUGUUUGUUAGAGAAGGAGGUGCCGCAGACGGGGGGGAAGAGUCAAGAUGGGUUUGGGACGGGGUUUGCGGUUGGGACGGACGAGAUGGAUUGGAAACGCGACGUCGAUCGGGGUCGGUUCCUCGAGCUGCCGCUCCUCCUGCUGCGCAUGCCGGCGCUGCUGCAGGUUGCGAUAGGCGAGUUCCUUGCCGUGACCUUCGACUGCCGUGUCAGCCCCAUGCGGCUGGGCACCCGCACGCUGGUGCAGAGCUGGGAGGCGUGGAUCCGGUCGGCGGGGCUGCCCGCUCGCGGCUCCAAGGAUCUGGUUCUCACUUUGGGGUUCUACCUCCCGCCACGGGAAAAGUCCAGCCUCGCACCAGUAGGGCCGAUGGAAGAUGGCGCUACGAAAACGGAGGCUCUGGGGCUCAAGUCGAUCGAUGUUAUGAUUCCGGCUAGGGAACUGCACAUGUUUGUGGCGGCAGGGAAGCGCUUCAGCACGUCGCAGACUGGCGAAGAGGGGCCGACUUGGGGAUGGGAUAGCGACGUGAAGAAACGGAUGAUCCUCGUGGGCCGCUUGUACGAAGAGGGCUGGGAAUGGCGGACAGACGGCUCCCCGGAGCAGCAGCAGCCUUUCACCGAGGCACUGGCCUGUUACUUGAAGGAGCACCUGGCCCUCAACCUGUUUCACCCAGGGGUGCGGGUGCUCAAGAUUGCCUGCAGCGGGUUUGCUUUGUCGGAUACACGCUUGAAGGUGUUUACCCCAGCGCAGAAUCAACGCGGUGCCGUGGUGGAACUGCUUGGACGUUUGGUGGAUAAGGCUCGCGGUCGGAGUACGGGCACAUGAGCAUUCUAUUUUCAGAACGGAGACAAGCAACCCAUCAGAGCGAAUUCAGAUCCCUUGAGGU